GAGCUUACUGAAGAAUUGCACCAGACAAAAACUUUUCACUGGGCCUUCAGGACGAACGGAAUACAAGGGUAUACAUAACCGGGGUUUCAUUUCAUUUCAAAAUGAAGUUCAAUGUAGCAUUUGCGUAUUCCCUCCUCUCCCCUCUCCUGCCAUUCGACUUGCUUAACUUUACCAUGUCCAAUCCAGAAAAUCACACUUUCUACAGGUUGUAUGGGUUCCCCGUCGCUCAUUCAGCCUCUCCUUCGUUCCACAAUCACAUAUUCAACCAACUAGGUGGAAACAAAGAAUAUUCACUAUUCUCUACUAGCAAAGUCAUCCCUGAGUUGCUCGAAGAGAUCCGCAAUGAAAGUUUUGGUGGGUCAAGUGUUACCAUGCCUAUCAAAUCCGCGAUAAUCCCUUACCUCGAUGGCCUCUCACCGGAAUCAGAAGCUUCUGGCGCGGUGAACACCAUUGUCAAGGUCCCUUCACCAGACGGCCCCAAACUCAUAGGGACAAACACAGACAUCCUCGGCAUACAAAACGCGUUACUCAAUCAACUUCGUUUACAACACCCAAUGAUCUCGAUUUCCUCACAAGCAUCAUAUUCAGAAGGCCUCGGUGCUGGUGCUAUCUUCGGAGGAGGGGCGACGACUCGUAGCGCAGUUUACGCUCUCACGAAACUUGGAUUAUAUCCCAUAUACCUUGUCAACAGAGACGCAGAUGAGGUCAAAGCUGUACAAGAUGCAUAUCCUGAAUUGGUCAAAAAAGGAUCAUUGAUACGUCUUGACCACCCCGACGCGGUCGAGAAUCUCCUUGCGCAACCAGAUUCCCCUCGUAUUCUUAUGAUUGUCGGAGCCAUACCAGCGAUACCCCCUAUCACCAAAGCCGAACGCAUGGUAUAUACCGUUGCGUCUGCCUUGUUCACAUUACCUUAUCAUCCUCUGACUGUCGAUGCGUCAACAAGGAAAUCUUUACCUAUUCCCACAAAGAGGUUAUUCUUGGAAAUGGCUUACAAGCCGAGACUCACGCCCAUGCUCAAAGUCGCAAUUGCACACAAUUGGGAUGGUAUCGACGGGACGCACGCUGUUGUCGAGCAAGGUUUUGCACAGCAGAGGAUGUGGCUUCGCGGAGAUGUCAGUGCGGAGACCGGAAGUGAUACAACCAUACUUGGUCCAAUCAUCGAGCAGAAGGCCCGGAAUCUCAUAGCGAAGAUGGGAGAUGUCGUAGUCAAAGACACUGAAGUCGAUAGGGCUGCAAGCAUAGAGGCCACCCCGAUACCGAAGACACACAGUCAGUAACCACCGAAGAUGUGCAAGCGUUCCAGUUGAUUGUUGUGUUCACUGCAAGGAAUCGAAAGAGUGGACCCUUUUCCUUUCAUAAUCAUGUAACCAGCAUACAUAGAGCCGCCCGUGUAGACAUACACACAAGUCUAUUUCUGUAAAACUCUACUUCAUGAACUUAUCGGUGUCUUACAUGCAAAUCACCAUUAUUCCUUCGCCUUCCCUUUACCUUUGACUUUACCAGUUUCAGCUUCGAGUUCCUCGCUUUCUUUCAACGUCUCUAAAUCUCCGCCCUUCUUUUGAGUUGUGGGUCGCGAGGACUUUGAACUUGGUCCUGGGCCUGUUCUUCCCACACCUGAGUGACUACUUGGCCC